UAGUCCAAUAAAAUCGUUAACGGCCCCCGUGUUUCUCAAUAGAUCGACUGUGCAGUAGCUAGACUGCAGUUCGAUAGUAGAACUUGUGUAGAACGUACGAUGAUACAUUCUUUAAAGACACACUUGUUUGUAAUUACGCUCUGUUAUUACAGUUCACGUUUUACUGAAAUUACUGACAUAAAUAUCAAAAGGUAAAAUAGGUAAUUACUUUGAAAUAACAAUGCGAAGAAUUUCACAGAGAAAAGUGGUUUGUGGAUAUGGCAACGCUCGGACUAAUUCAAGAGUUUGACAUUCGUUAAAUCGUGCAAUCAUGACAGCACAUGGAUUUCUUAUCUUUGUCCUCAGUCUGUGUGUCGCCGAGACUAAACUUGUGGGCCGUUAUACCAGGAGCGAGACUUCGGCUUCUACUGAGCGUCUCGAUUGCAAGAAUAAGUUCGACUGUUCCAUGACGGUAAACAACAUUUCAUAUGAAUGUAAUAUUGGUGCCGAAGAAAAAUGCGUGACCUUCAACUGGAAAAACGUGGAUCACGAUGCUAUUUCUACAGAAAGUAUCCAUCAUUAUCCAUAUUUGUCAACUGUAUCCAUUGAGCUGAAGCUAUACACAUUUCAGGAGACGAGAUUCGAAAUCAAUGUUUUGAAGUUUGCUUUCCAACUGCCUCAAUUGAGUUUUGGUCAAGGGGGUGUGGCACAGGCAGUGAUGGCGGUCCUGCACAACACCGGCUCGUCUGCUGUGGUCUACACCAAACCAACAUGCCGAAUAUUUGACUUCAGCAGCUCCACGCUGCUGUCAUCUGACGUGGUAGAACAACAGAACCUGACAGUGCCCAGUGAGUGCCUUGGUGUUGACAUUGCACCAGGCAACUAUACCUUAGAUCUGACCACUAUUCCCACCAACCACAGCUUAUUGUACAAGAUCACCUGGCCCCGGGAUGAACGAGACAUGGACGAGGAUGUCUGGGUCCAGAAGUUGAUUGCUGUAGCCGCUGUGCCGAAAGAGAGAAUGGUACACGUCGUUUUCCACCCACUGAAGAACGUCAUCGCAAUGGUCCGGGUGUCGCUGAUGACCAGACAUAGAGUGGUCAAGACUGAAACGGUUCUAAAAGGUCAGACAAGCGUCAUGUUUAAAGACGUAGCCGAUGGUCAGUACAGAGUCCUGCUUAGCCCAAUGGGCAAUGUAUGUGACAAACAGGAGUUUGUGUGUGCCGAAGAAUUCUCUGACAUGGUCACCUUGGACAAUUCUGCAACACCUGUAGCUGAGAAUUACCUUAUUCUGGUGAUAAUACUUGUGGUGUUAUCUCCUUUGUUUCUAUUGCUGAUGAUUUUCUGUUUGUAUAAACACCUGAAGCCUCAUCAAGGGAAUGUUUUUCUGUGCAUCAAUGCUGUAGUUACGCGGAAGUUAGAGGAGAGGAUUUCUACCACAUUCAGCAAUCUUCUGACUGAACUUCUUCAUGCUGAGGUAGACAUCCGAUUCUCGUAUCCAUCUUCUGAAAGCUCUGCAUCCUUAGCUGACCAACAGACGUCUUUAAUUGACCCUUCGGAAGACGUUGUCGACGUCACGGAAAACAGAGAGAGACGAAAGCAUCAUUACAAGAUCUACUUAUUUUUUCCUUCCACUGUCCAUUGUUUAAAUGGCAGCUGGUACUCUAAGAGAAACUGCUCCAGCAAAAAACAAACGUUUUGCGGCUGGCCGUGGACGUCCAAGAAUUCUGGAUACGAGAUACUGACCGUAAUAUUUUCUCACCAGCCUACGACUAGUGAGACUAUCUGCGAAGACCUUAGUUCUGAUGGUCAUCUCACAGUUUUAGACAAUUUCAGUAAAAGACGGCCACCGUUGUCUUCCGUCACACCCUCGCUACACAACAUGCCAGGUCUGGUCAACAAUAGACUUCAGGAUGAAGACAAAGUGUUUUAUUUACCGAAAGAUAUCAAAUAUUUCCUGACUUCAUUCCGGUUUAAAACCCCGCCGAUGGCUUCAGCGGCUGAAGAAUCGGAUCAUUGGAAGUCUGUAGUCAGUAUGUUCUCGAAAAUAGCCGAAAACCAGCCCGUGAACGAUCCGGACAUAGAUUUCUCGGUGAUAACUAUCACCGAUAUCGACGAACUAUCCAGCGUAGGUCAAAACACUAUUCCCAGUCGCCGUAUAAUUGCUGGCCUUGUGCCUUUGGAAAAAUGUAGUGAAUUUUCAGAGUCUUAUUCCAACGUGUCCGACUUUGCGAGGGAGAUCCAGAACACGCGUGCAUCGUUACCAUAUCACUCUUUGUCUCAAACUCAACAACAUUGUUUGUUGCACACCGAUGAUGAAGUAAUCUUCAGGAGUCAGCCCGCACACUCUAACUCAAAAAUUUCAGCAUCCAUUCUGGAUGUAUUAUCUCCUGAACGAACAGAAACACACAUUCUAAGAACUAACCCGCAAACCAGAUAUUACAACCAUCAUUUCACCUUUCAACCAGACUCCGGCCAAGGAGAUUCAUUUGGAAGUUUCCAGAAUAUAUCUGAACAAUUGCCUGUUUAUCCAGAUAAUUUUUUAAGUAUUACCUCCCCUCACAUUUUAGAUUCCCUUGACAAGUAUCGUAGUUUUCAGCCAGAUUCAGGGCAAGGGAUCUCGAUCCAAAGCUUCCAGAACCAGUUUCAAGACUUUUCAUCAUACCCAGCGGACUUUGUAAGAGCUAUCAUACCACCGGAACCUCAUUAAAGAAGCUUCUCUUUUUAACUUUGUAUGAAGCUGAAUAAAUGGACAAUAUUAUUAAAGUUCCUCAUGAGUAUUAACUUUUUCGGGGUGGCCCGGGGGGAGGGGGAGUGAUGGCUGAGCCUACUGCAUUAUGCUUACAGCACAAUCUCGAAGUAGGUGUAUUUCUCAGUACAAGAUCCUCUGGAAAAAUCUUUAAUGUAUCAAGUUUGAGCGCAAAAAACACAGGAAGGUACUUAUCGGGAACUCCUCUAUGCUGAUGAUGCAGCUGUUGUGGCUGACUCUUCCACACAUCUUUAGACCCUGGUUGACAAACCAGCUGCUGCUUGCCAGAAGUUUGGCUCACAUAUAAGUCAAAGCAAGACUACAAUACUAGUUCAGAACACUUCACGUAACCGUUAAUGGCCAACCACUGGAAACUGUUGACCAUUUUUGCUAUUCAUUAUAUGUUCUACUGAAUAAAGACAUUAACAAAGGAUAGCCAAGGCAAUGGGUGCCAUGUCACGACUGCAGAUAAGGGUGUGGGACAAUACCUUGCUGACUAACAAUACCAAAGCUUUAGUCUACCGGAUCUGUAUGAUGAGCAUUUUGCUAUAUGAGUAGAUGAAACAUGGUCAACCUAGUCAUGGCUAAAUAUCUUCCACCUCCGAUGCCUAAGGCGGGUCUUUAAAAUAAUGUGGCAAGAUAAAAUAACAAAUGAGUAAGUGCCACGAUAUAUAUAUAUACAUGUUAUUUUUUUGGGAGGGAUAUGAAUUUCUAUUUUGUACACCUUUUAUUUAGCCCAUAAUUUAUGUCUUUGUAUGUCCAUUCAUUACUGAUAUUGUUACAUACAUGUUAGCGAGAUAAUGUCAAAUAGUCCAAUGAUAGUCUAAUGAUAGUCCAAUGAAAGUCAAAUGAUAGUCCAAUGAUAUCUUAGCUACGUUUGAAUGGAAGAAAUUAUCUCCUAUUCUUUCAAUGGGCAUCAAGGCAAAACUAUUUGCAGUGGCGUAACAAGCUACUCGUGCCCCCCCCCCCGGGCAAAGGAUGUGAAGGUACGCUCUCUCCCCUUGAUUGAGAGUGUUAUAGAUCUGUUAUAGAUAUAAUAGCACAGUGAGUGCUUGUAAAUGUGUACAGUCAAGACGUUGUUUUCUUGUAAGUGUCUUUAUGGAACUAUUUGGUCAUGGGCCCGGGUUCAUUAAACCUCGUCGCUCCAUUGUUGCUACGCCAUGAACUAUUUGUUUGAAAAGAGAGUUUAUCCAAAUUUUUCUUAAAUCCAAUGAAAUCCAACAAAAUUAUAGUCUAAAUAUGAAAUACUACAGCUAUUGCUCUGCUAUUUGAAUCUGUAGGUUGCCUUCGAAAAUAAAUCGACCUUCAUUGCUCUCUCUCUCUCUCUACAGAUAUUUUGCAGUGCAGCCGUUUUUCUUUUUUUUUCUUUUCAUAUUAUAAAGUGCUUUUAACUGUUACUUUUCUAUUGCAUUUUUUUAUGAAAAAUUAUUACUUUAUUAUUAUAAUUUUUAAUCAUUAACAUACUCUAUCUAUCUAUCUAUCUAUCUAUCUAUCUAUCUAUCUAUCUAUCUAUCUAUCUAUCUAUCUAUCUAUCUGUCUGUCUGUCUGUCUGUCUGUCUGUCUGUCUAUCUAUCUAUCUAUCUAACUAUCUAUCUAUCUAUCUAUCUAUCUAUCUAUCUAUCUAUCUAUCUAUCUAUCUGUCUGUCUGUCUGUCUGUCUGUCUGUCUGUCUGUCUAUCGAUCUAUCUAUCUAUCUAUCUUUCUAUCUGUCUGUCUGUCUGUCUGUCUGUCUAUCUAUCUAUCUAUCUAUCUAUCUAUCUAUCUAUCUAUCUAUCUAUCUAUCUAUCUAUCUAUCUAUCUAUCUAUCUAUCUAUCUGUCUGUCUGUCUGUCUGUCUGUCUAUAUGUCUGUCUGUCUGUCUGUCUGUCUAGCUAUCUAUUAUGUAAUUGAUAUUUGCGUGUCUGUCUCUCAGACUGUAUAUACAAUGAGAUCAACAGAAAUAAACAGUAUAGUGUACAAAGGUCAUUUGUUUUCAUAACGCUUUAACUUCUAAAUUGUGUACAUAUUUGUGUUUUUGUAAACUUUAACCUUUAUUAAAGAGACUUGUAUUGAUUGGUAUGUUUAACUAAUGCAUUUUUUAAUGUUUAAAAAAGUAAUAAAAAAAAUCUCGAACAGAAA